AAUGAGAGAGAGAGAGAGACAGAGACAGAGACAGAGACAGAGACUCGGAGCCUCAAUGCGAGAUUGGUAUUCUGCCUGAAUUGUACAGUUUGACUUUCUAGAACCAUGAAUCGAGAAAUUGAAAUCCUGUCUCCGGCAUCCUAUCUGCAGAACUCUAACUGGUUGUUUCAGGAAAGCAAAGGAACCAAAUGGACGCCUGAAGAAAAUAAGCAGUUUGAGAAUGCUCUUGCUCUAUAUGACAAGGAUACCCCGGAUCGAUGGCUUAAGGUGGCAGCCAUGAUCCCCGGAAAGACUAUAGGCGAUGUGAAGAAACAGUACAAGAAAUUGGAAGAAGAUGUUAGUGACAUAGAGGCAGGGCUGAUUCCAAUUUCUGGUUAUGAUAAUACUAGUAAUAAUUCUUUCACAUUGGAGUGGGUGAAUAAUCAAGGCUUUGCUGGUUUGAAACAAUUCUAUAGUGUUGGUGGAAAGAGGGGCACGCUGAUUCGGCCUUCUGAUCAGGAAAGGAAGAAAGGGGUGCCAUGGACAGAAGAGGAGCACAGGCAAUUUCUGAUGGGUCUUCAGAAGUAUGGUAAAGGUGACUGGAGAAAUAUUUCUCGAAAUUUUGUGACCACAAGGACCCCUACUCAGGUGGCUAGUCAUGCUCAAAAGUACUUUAUCAGGCAGGUUACAGGGGGCAAGGAUAAGAGGAGAUCUAGCAUCCAUGAUAUCACCACUGUCAAUGUUCCAGACACGAAACCUCCUUUGUUAGACGGUAGAAGACCUCCAUCACCAGAUCACCCUGUAAUGGUUAUGCAGCCACUGCGGCGUCCAAAGACUGCUGGCAUGGACGACAGACAGCAACAUGACUGGAAACCGCCAUAUGAAGCUACGCCCAUGGUUUUCAACCCGGCAAAUGGGAACAUUUUCGUGGCACCAUUCUGUGGGAUUUCUUCCUAUGGACCUAAGCUGCAGGAGCAAAAUUUGCUCGGAGGCGCUGUUCCGGGAUCUCAGUUUGGACAUUACAAUACAAUGUUUCAGAUGCACCCGAUGCAGUAUCAGGGAAAUUGUGCCAUGAGUGGAAGUUCUGGCCCAACUCCGACAAUAUUCUAGAUAAAAAGGAAAAAUAAAAAUAAAAGGAAGUAAGUUCUGAUGGUAUUGAAAGAUCAAACAUUAUUUAGGAUGUUUGAUUCAACCAUCCAUGCCACUCCCAAGUUUUAUGUGAAUAUGUUGAUGAGGACUUAGUUAGUCCGUCCUUAGUAAUUAGAAUCUACAAAGACAUCAGGACAUCAGUUAGUGCAAAUUGUGAUUGACAUUCACACUUGAAGGAAGUUAUCUAUGUGAAGCUUAGUUUUCAUCACUACGCUGUUCUGGUGGCUGUGUGUUGGGAUUUGUGGGUAGGAAGAAGUCAUUUGCUUGAGCUUGCAUGCGUUACAAAUUCUUGCUCAAUUAGGAGCCUUCCAUGAAAUGACCUGGGGGAUAGUGUUCAAGUCUGCAUUGGUGAGAUAAUUCUCUUUUGGGUGUCUUAGGCUAGAAGGCUUUGUUAUAAACUUGUUGAUAUCAUUGGUGGUGCUUUGUCAAUAAGAUUUGAAUAAUUUUCUGAAGAUCUACUUCCUGUAUAUGAGCAUUGCGGCAGCUCCUUUCGUGCUCUUAGUAAAUUUCUUGGAUAUUAAAAACACAUAGAAGCCUUGGAGCUAUGUUCUGUUUGUUGCUGGACAUCUAGAUCCUUGCAUGAUAACGACCUUUAUGCAAUAAAAUAACAAGUUGGUGGU